AUGGAUCUUUCAUCAGAGGAACUACAGGAGUUUGAGCGCGCAUACCAUAUGAUAGACAAAGAUGGAGUCGGUUCCUUUACGAGUAAAGAUUUGGGUAUUUUUAUGCGUAGUCUGGGCAUGAAACCGAUUGAGGGCGAUUUGCAGUCGAUGAUCAAUGAAAUUGAUUUGGAUGGCAAUGCAGGUCAAAUUCGUGGUGUAUUCCUAGAGCUCAAUACGAAUCUGAACGACGAAGAGAUUGAUGAAAUCUUACGUGAAGCAGACAAGGAUGAUGAUGGAGUGGUCAGCUUGGAAGAUUUCUCCAAAAUGAUGUACACUAGAUGAAAGAGUAGCAAAAUUCAGAUCCAGAUCCAGAAUAACUCAAAGUACGCGUAAUGAUGAGAAAAUAACAAAAUUAAAAAGUAUUAAACAUUAAAAUAUGAAGUUGAUAAUAAGAUUUAUUAAAAUGUGCAGAUUCU